AUGUACACUGGUCGCCAAAAGUCCAAGGAUAUGUACGGCACUGUGCCAGGUAGCUCUCGUUACCCGGAGUUCUCAGAGCCUCAACAUAUGGGAGGCCUGAUUAGUAUCCCCAGCAGCUCUUCAUCCAACUCCCACAUGCCCACUCUUCGGCAGAUGGACUCUAUGAACGUGCAAUCAGACUCUCAAUCGUUCCCCUCCCCGGGCCAUAAUUACACCGGAAGAAGGGGAUCGACAGAUACCGAUACAAUUGGCUCUCAAUACGCAUGGUCUACUACGUCCAACGCAGACGUUCUCUCAAAUUCUCCUCAUAUGCCCUCAAUUGACGCUUUCAUUGGAACCACAACCACGCCCUUCAUGCAAGGCUUUUACUCCCCCGAAUCUAUGCAGUUCCCUAUGAGCAGCCCAGACGUGUCGGGAUAUACCCCCCAGCAAAUCGACAAAUGGUGUAUCGAGAGCGAACCAGCUGGAGAUAUCUACCAGUCACAGCCUUCGGCGAACAUGGGCUCUAUGCGGUUUCCGCCAUCAGCGGAAGCGCAACCAGAACCCUACCCAACAUUCAACAGCCAACUUCAACCCGCGGACGAGCAGUGGCUCUCUUAUCCACCCCAUUCCUCUGAUCAGAUCCCCGAAGCAUUUUUUUCAAUCCCUCGAUCCAUUUCAGUUCCUCGCUCAGUCCCAGCUCCAACACCCCAUAUUUACCAAUCUGCUGCUACACCCGCGUCAGUCUCUUCAUCCCCAGCACACUCCUUCUAUGACCCAGAUUCUCCAUCAACUGCACCAGGCUCGGCCUCCGGCUCAGGCUCCAACUCCAAUGCAAGCGACUUAAGCAAUUACGGAAUCCCCACGGCCGACGGCGCCUGGCGCUGCGCCCACCCAGGCUGCUCCUCAAAAUCUCUUUUCCAUCGAGGCUGUGACCUGCGGAAGCACUUCAACCGCCACCGCAAAUACCUGUUCUGUCGCUACGAAGGAUGUCCUCAAUCGGGAAAGAAUGGCUUUAGCAGUAAGAAAGACCGUGCCCGUCAUGAAGCGAAGCAUAACCCUGGUGUCUUUUGCGAGUGGGAGGGCUGUGGGAAGGUGUUCAGUCGAGUCGACAAUAUGAAGGACCAUGUGAAAAGGAUUCACCGGAAAGGGGAGGCUGGAAAGGCUUGA